CUCAUGAUCCCAUGACCAUCUCAUUCCACACCACCAUCGCUAUCUGCAUAGAAAGGCUUCCGAAAAACCAGCCAUGGAAUUCCCGUUCCACUCAAAACCCUAAUUCCCCAUAAAUCACUCAACUUUUCAUGGCCUCCGUAUCCAAACCUCCUUCUUCUUCAUCCUCACCGCCAUCCCCGACACCGCAGGAGAAUCUCAUCGCCUGACAAUCAAUCAAUUAUUCAAUCAACCUCUCUCUCUCUCGCCGCCAUGGACGCGCGUCGGAGCUCGCGAGCCGUCAGCGACCCCAAGGUCCGCCACGUUGGCUUCUUCACCCCCAACGCCCCGCCCCUCCCCAGCCGAACGCAGUCCGGUCCCCCGGCCGCCGGCUCUCCGCCGCUAUCCGAAUCUCCGGCGAGCAAUUCGUUCUCUCCAGUGAUGAUUCCGCCGCCGCGUCAUCUCUCCGAUGUCGCGGAGCGUACGGCCGCCGUGCCGGUUCCGGAUUCGGCGUACCGGCGAACGGCUGCCGGGGACCACGUUCCGGUCGGGAGCUACAAUCCAUCGGAGUCGCUGCUCGGGACCUCGCCCGUGGCGUCGCCGUCGAGUGUGGCGGGCGAUGGAGAGUUGGAGUUCUCGGGGGAGUCUUCGGCCAGCUGGCAUCGGUGGAGGGAUUCUGGAAAGUUCGCUUCGAGCUUUCCUAGCGGCGGAUUCGAAUUGACGAUGGCGAAGGGAUCGGAGAAUUCGGCCACCAAGGGGAAGAAUUUGGCGGCGGCGUCCAAUGCAAAAAAGCCUCUUGACGUGCCUGAAAAGAGUGGAGGGGUUGUCACAGAAGUGCAGAAUGAGCUCCAACCUACUUCAAAACCUUUAAAAGCUAAAUCAACCAAGGCUGAAAGACGAGCAUUACAGGAGGCUCAACGUGCUGCAAAAGCUGCCACGAAAGAAGGAAGUAAAUCUGCUACUGUAUCUCGGGGAGUUGCUCCUAGUAAACCUGUAAAGCAGCCUUCACAGAGGAAAGAUGCUUCUUCAGUUGCACCUUCAGUGGCUGCUUCAGAGAAGAAAGGGGGUGAUCGUGCACCAGAGAAAGAAAGGAAGAAAGAUGUUCCUCCUCCACGGAUGCAAUUUGAUGAUAAGAACCGAGUGGAGAAGGCAAAAAAGCGUUCAGUGUUCCAUCAAACCGAAGCUAGAAAUAGAGUUGAAUUGUUUCGGCAUUUGCCCCAAUAUGAACAUGGAACUCAACUUCCUGAUCUUGAGUCGAAGUUUUUCCAACUGGAGCCUAUGCAUCCCGCUAUUUACAAGGUUGGAUUGCAGUAUUUGGCAGGAGACAUUUGUGGGGGUAAUGGUCGUUGUGUUGCCAUGCUCAAGGCAUUUGAGGAAGUCAUUAGAGAUUAUUCCACUCCACCGGAGAAAGCUCUUUCCAGGGAUCUGACUGCCAAAAUCAGUAGUUACGUUUCAUUUUUCACAGAAUGCAGACCAAUUUCUAUUAGCAUGGGAAAUGCAAUUAGGUUCAUAAAGAGCCGUAUUGCCAAGCUACCGCUAUUUCUAUCUGAAUCAGAAGCAAAAGCUGCACUUUGUGCAGAUAUUAACUCUUUCAUAAAUGAGAAGAUAUUACUUGCUGACAGGGUGAUAGUAAAGCAUGCUGCUUCAAAGGUUAAGGAUGGGGAUGUGCUUCUCACAUAUGGAUCAUCGUGCGUGGUUGAGAUGAUUCUGUUACAUGCCCAUGAGCUUGGGAAACAAUUCCGUGUUGUGAUAGUAGACUCGCGUCCAAAGUUUGAAGGCCAAGCGCUACUUUGUCGAUUGGUGGCAAAGGGAUUGAGUUGUACAUACACUCAUAUAAAUGCUGUUUCGUAUGUGAUGCAUGAAGUGACUAAAGUACUUUUAGGGGCUGCCUCAGUGUUGUCAAAUGGAACUGUGUAUUCUAGGGUUGGGACUGCAUCUGUUGCUAUGGUUGCCCAUGCAUUUUGUGUUCCAGUAUUGAUCUGCUGUGAAGCUUAUAAAUUUCAUGAAAGGGUACAACUUGAUUCGAUUUGCUCUAAUGAACUAGGUGACACUGAUGCUAUAGCGAAGGUUCCCGGAAGAAUGGAUGUGAAUUAUCUAGAGAAUUUGGCUAAGAAGGAAAAUCUGCAACUUCUAAAUCUAAUGUAUGAUGCUACUCCAUCAGAUUAUGUCUCAAUGAUUAUUACAGAUUAUGGCAUGAUCCCACCAACAAGUGUGCCCGUCAUUGUACGCGAGUAUCGAAGAACGCAGUUAUGGUUGUAAAAAGCUCAGAUUAAACCUCACAACUGGAGGAAUAAGAUUUUAAGCCUGGGGGAAUUUUUCAUAAGAGCUGGUGGUUUCAUGUUGGGUAUAGAACUCGAGAAAAUUUUACAUGUCGGCUUUGAGUUUCUCUAACCAUUCUUUUUCUAGCAGAUUUUUAUCUUGUUUAUCAAUAUUCAAAGUGGCUGGGGUUUAGAUUUUUCUUUGAUGAACGACUCAGGGGAAGAGUGCUUCUUAUUGCCUCUCCUAACAGUUUUUGAGGUUCUCUCGUCAAUUUUGUGUUACUCUUGAUUUUCAAGUUUUCCACAUAAAAUGAUAGAUUCGUAUAAAUUUUAAUCGUCCAUGAUG